CCAACAGACGCACACACACACACACACACACGCACAAGCCAAACCGAUCGCUGGACAGACGAUGUGCGGCUCACUUACCGGACAACCGGGGGCCCGGCCGAACUGACGAGCUUCCGUACGGUUGAAGACUGUAAUCACUCCACACGCGCUUCUCCGGUGCGUUUAUCCGGGCUGUUUUUCUCGUUCCUCAAAUAGGCAUCAUCAGGACUACCUGUCACAGCCGUCUGUCACGGAGGUUAUCGCUGCAGGAACCGCGGACACAGCGAUGACUCUCGAGGAUGAUCUGACAGCAGCCGCAGCGAAGGGACACACGGCCGGCGUGAAGAGUCUCCUGCAGGCCGGAGCCGAAGUUAACGGGGGGAACUGUUUUGGACGAAGCGCUAUACAGGUGAUGAUGAUGGGGAGCACGCCGGUGGCUCAGGUGUUACUGGAGCACGGAGCGGAUCCCAACGUGGCGGACCCCAGCACCGGGACCACCCCGCUGCACGACGCGGCCAGGACGGGCUUUCUGGACACUGUGCGGCUGCUGGUGCGAUACAAGGCUGACCCGCAGGCCAGGGACAAUACAAACUGUCUGCCUAUAGAUUUAGCCCGAGACAACGGCCACAGAUACGUGGUUGACUUUCUGGAGUGUAUAAAUUAGGCUGUACUCUUGUGACGCUGUGAUCGUGUUUCCUGCUGCUUGGUUUCUGAAUGGGGACUCGGAGCUCUGAGAAACGGGGCCUAAAGAGGCCUGCAGUUUAAAUUAUGCACACAGUUAUGCUGUAAAAUGUGUUUUUAUUUAUUAGUCGGUUUUGUGUUGAACAUGCAUCAUUAUUUUAUUUUUAACGAAAUCAGGGUUAUCUAUUAGGACACAGGGUCGCUGUUAGGACAAAUAACGCGAGGAUAUGAUGUUAUGGUGUUAUAGUGAUCUAAAGCGAGGAUAUUCGGGUUAUUUAGUACCGCAGUUUAAAGCGACCUUAAUACAAUUUGUUGCAAUGUUUAACUUCCGUUGUAUCAUUUAAAAACCACAAUAGGCCUAUAAGGAACCCCACUUUUAUCAUGUACAGUUUUACUAUAGGAUUUGUUCAGUGUGUUGCAUGGGUUAUUAGUGUUGUUUUAAUUCAUAAACUUAAUGAAAUUGCGGUAUUUUAAAUACCACUUCCGUGUCAAAUAUAUUUAACCAAAUAACAGAGAAGCCAUUUAAAAUAUUUUGCACUUUUGAACAUUAGUGUCUAACUGAUGCACUCUUCUUUAAGCAUUAUCUUUAUUCUGCAGAGUCCCGUUUCCUGUUUGUAUAAAUCAUAUUCAGAUCUCAGAUAUUAUGCAAUUUAUUCAAAUGUAACAUUUGUUUGAAGAUUAGAAGCAAAAAUAAUAUUGUUGGGCUUCACCAAUUGCCUGAUUGAUGGAUUAUUGAUAGGUACCAGAGAAUUAAAACAAAGAAUGAAGUGAUGGAUUUGAAUUUGAAUUCAGUUGGGAGUUUAACAUUGUUUGAAGACUAUAAUUGCCCAAACUAGCACAAAUAUGACCCCAGGGCAAAUAUUUAAACUUUGUCAGUUAGCUUAUUAUGUUUGUUAGCUUAUUAAAACGUUUUUUUUUUAAAGAAACACCUAUUGACAGGGACAGAUCAAAUGUUUGACAGGACUGAAAUAUGCUGCAGGAUCCUGCUCAUGUUCAGCUUAACACAAGGCUGAUGUAAUUAUUAUUUAUUUAUUUUCAGUGAAACCUUUGAGUGGACUUUUCAGUUCAGAUGGCACUAAAACAUGCAUGUACUCAUUUUAAUUAUUUUAAUCUAUCGGCUGUAUUGGAGAGAAGUUUUGUGUAGAAUAAUUCUGUAUAAAAUUACAUCUCUGUAUAAAUGUCAGGUUAUUGUUGCACACUGAAUGGGUUGAAGUAGUAAGUACCAUAUAACGCAUUGCUGUUGCAGUAGGAAGAUAAACAGAAGAAUAGGGUGGGAUUAUUAUGAAUACACAAACAUGAUUCAUAAAAAUAGGAUAUGCAUCGACGUUCUUGGGAGUUAAACAUUAGCCUAUUUAGUUUAAGCCAUAGGCUUUAUGAAUCUUAAGGGAUGUUUGACAGUACAGAGAAAAGUCCCCAAAAGCACUUGGGGCAUAAAUAACUGUUGUUUUGUGUCUUAAAUGGAUUUGAAAUAUACAGCCUCAUGGGUCUGAUAUUUUAACAUUACCAUGGCUAACAGUUUUUAUCGCAACUAAAAUUCAUAUGUCAAACAGCUGUUUUAACUUAUUCAAUGAAAUCACUGGCAAACUUAUUUCCUACAUGCUUCAAGACCAGAAAUUCAAAUAUAAACUCCAAAUUCAUAUAAAUGCACUAUUACUUUAUUCUUUAAAUGAUUUUUUUUGUCUUUCAUUAGACAUAUGUAUGAGUAUGUGCUAAUACAACCUUUGAAUCUAAAGGAUAUACAAAUGAUAACAUACAUUUUAAUUAGUUCAAGUUGCAAGUUGUUUAUGUUUUACUAACAACUUAAAAACAUGAACUCAAAUCUUUUUUUAUUGAGUGAAUUCAUGCUGCAUAAUGCAUUUAUAUUGUUGAGACAAGGCAACAAAACAAAUACAAAAGAUCAAAUAUUUUUAGGUACUGUGUAGCAUGAUGAGGUUCAAGUGCAGCAAACACAACAGAAAGCCAAGCACUCCUACUAAAAUGCUAAUUUAAUUAAAUGACGAUUACAGUAUAUCAAAUAUUUUAGGUUUGCCAAAGUGUCUUUCACCUCCGUCAGUGUUUCUCAAUACUGUUAAUAAGUGAUUUAGGAAAACAGUUUACAUGUACAGUGCAAAUCCUGUCCUACAUACAAAUUGAAUACUGUUGGGUUUUGAUUCAUAAAAUGUUAAGAGCAAAUAAAAAGGAUGUGAAAUGUGCCCAAUAAGCAAAAAUAGAAACACUGCCAGCGUUAAUGACAAAUAUUUUUAACUCAAUAUUGCUGAAGUUUGCUUUUAGGGUCAUCAGAAACGUAUGUUAGUUGUAACAGAGGCAAUAACAAAGCAUUCAUGUGCUAAACUUGCAAAGCCUUUUUUUAUUAUAUCCUCAACUAAUAGCAAUAAAGACACUAAUGGUUUACAGGCAACAAAUAUAAAAAUUU